AUGGCUCAGCGCCCAUCCAACCUGGCCCUUGCUGGGGCGGCCGCAGGCGGACUCGCGCUGCUGGGUUCUACCGCCGAUGCCUUCGUUGCGGCGCCGCGGGAGGCGAGUGCGCCGGGCCUCCGUGGCACCUCCCUAGCGCAGACGCAGGCGCAGAGCGCAAGCUCCGGCAGCUCCUCCUUUGCCGCCUUGGCCGCUGGCGGUGCCGUUGCUGCGGCCGCUGUGGCCUCUGGCCGCCCAGGACGCCAGACACGAAGCUCUGUGCUUCCUACCACAGUGGUGCCGGUGAAGGACAGCCGGGUGACACGCAAGGCCCUUGACCAAUCCAGCCGCUAUGCAGACCUGUCCUUGGACGAAGCGACCCUGAUCAAGAACGGCAAGCAUGUGCUGGUGGCGUACAUCAUGAAGCCGAAGGCAGGGUACGACUACCUGGCCACUGCGGCCCACUUCGCAGCCGAGUCCUCCACGGGCACCAACGUGAACGUGUGCACCACUGACGACUUCACGAAGUCCGUGGAUGCCCUGGUGUACUACAUCGACCCCGACAGCGAGGAGAUGAAGAUCGCCUACCCCAACCUGUUGUUUGACCGCAACAUCAUCGAUGGCCGCGCCAUGAUGUGCUCCUUCCUGACCUUAUCCAUCGGCAACAACCAGGGCUUGGCGCUCGGUUUAGGCAUGGGUGACGUCGAGUACGGCAAGAUCUACGACUUCUACCUGCCUCCUGAGUUCCUCCGCCUGUACGACGGCCCGGCCGUGAACGUGGAGGACAUGUGGCGCAUCCUGGGCAAGGGCACCAGCAACGGUGGCCUCGUGGUGGGCACCAUUAUCAAGCCCAAGCUCGGCCUGCAGCCCAAGCCAUUCGGCGAGGCCUGCUACGCGUUCUGGCAGGGCGGCGACUUCAUCAAGAACGAUGAGCCCCAGGGCAACCAGGUGUUCUGCCAGAUGAACGAGGUCAUCCCAGAGGUCGUGAAGGCCAUGAGGGCGUGCAUCAAGGAGACCGGCGUGGGCAAGCUCUUCUCUGCCAACAUCACCGCGGAUGAUCCCAACGAGAUGAUUGCCCGCGGCAAGUACUGCCUGUCCCAGUUCGGUCCUCUGUCCGAGAACUGCGCGUUCUUGGUGGACGGCUAUGUGGCUGGAGGCACGGCCGUGACUUGCGCCCGCCGCAACUUCCCAGGGCAGUUCCUGCACUACCACCGUGCCGGACAUGGAUCCGUGACUAGCCCCCAGACCCAGCGUGGUUACACCGCCUUCGUGCACACCAAGAUCUCCCGAGUCAUCGGUGCAUCCGGCAUCCACACCGGCACCAUGAGCUUCGGCAAGAUGGAGGGCGAUGCCUCCGACAAGAACAUCGCCUUCAUGCUGCAGGAUGACGCGGCCGAUGGCCCCUAUUACCACCAGCCGUGGGAGGGCAUGAAGCAGACCACCCCCAUCAUCUCUGGCGGCAUGAACGCCCUGCGACUGCCGGCCUUCUUCGAGAACCUGGGACACUCCAACGUGAUCCUGACCGCCGGUGGCGGCUCCUUCGGCCACAAGGAUGGCCCCAAGCCGGGUGCCGUCUCCUGCCGACAGGGUGAGGAGGCCUGGAAGGCCUGGAAGUCCGGACAGUACGGCAACAUCAGCCUGAGCGAUGGCGUGAUCGAGUUCGCCAAGACCCACGAGGAGAUCAAGGGUGCCUUCCUGACCUUCCAGAAGGAUGCGGACCAGAUCUACCCGGGCUGGAAGGAGAAGCUCGGCUACACCGGUGAGUCGUCCGUGCAGGCGGCCAGCUUCGACUGGGCCAAGAAAGCCUCCGCCGCCGCCUUCGUGGGUGCCAGCGUGGCCCCGGCCAAGAAGGAGAGCAGCGUCUCGCGCAAGGCCCUUGACCAGUCCAGCCGCUAUGCGGACCUUUCCCUGGAUGAGGCGACUCUCAUCAAGAACGGCAAGCACGUGCUGGUGGCGUACAUCAUGAAGCCGAAGGCAGGGUACGACUACCUGGCCACCGCGGCCCACUUCGCAGCCGAGUCCUCCACGGGCACCAACGUGAACGUGUGCACCACUGACGACUUCACGAAGUCCGUGGAUGCCCUGGUGUACUACAUCGACCCCGACAGCGAGGAGAUGAAGAUCGCCUACCCCAACCUGUUGUUUGACCGCAACAUCAUCGAUGGCCGCGCCAUGAUGUGCUCCUUCCUGACCCUAUCCAUCGGCAACAACCAGGGCUUGGCGCUCGGUUUAGGUAUGGGUGACGUCGAGUACGGCAAGAUCUACGACUUCUACCUGCCCCCUGAGUUCCUCCGCCUGUACGACGGCCCGGCCGUGAACGUGGAGGACAUGUGGCGCAUCCUGGGCAAGGGCACCAGCAAUGGUGGCCUCGUGGUGGGCACCAUCAUCAAGCCCAAGCUCGGCCUGCAGCCCAAGCCAUUCGGCGAGGCCUGCUACGCAUUCUGGCAGGGUGGCGACUUCAUCAAGAACGAUGAGCCCCAGGGCAACCAGGUGUUCUGCCAGAUGAACGAGGUCAUCCCAGAGGUUGUGAAGGCCAUGAGGGCCUGCAUCAAGGAGACCGGCGUGGGCAAGCUCUUCUCUGCCAACAUCACCGCGGAUGAUCCCAACGAGAUGAUUGCCCGCGGCAAGUACUGCCUGUCCCAGUUCGGACCUCUGUCCGAGAACUGCGCGUUCUUGGUGGACGGCUAUGUGGCUGGAGGCACGGCCGUGACUUGCGCCCGCCGCAACUUCCCAGGACAGUUCCUGCACUACCACCGUGCCGGACAUGGAUCCGUGACUAGCCCCCAGACCCAGCGUGGUUACACCGCCUUCGUGCACACCAAGAUCUCCCGAGUCAUCGGUGCAUCCGGCAUCCACACCGGCACCAUGAGCUUCGGCAAGAUGGAGGGCGAUGCCUCCGACAAGAACAUCGCCUUCAUGCUGCAGGAUGACGCGGCCGAUGGCCCCUAUUACCACCAGCCGUGGGAGGGCAUGAAGCAGACCACCCCCAUCAUCUCUGGCGGCAUGAACGCCCUGCGACUGCCGGCCUUCUUCGAGAACCUGGGACACUCCAACGUGAUCCUGACCGCCGGUGGCGGCUCCUUCGGCCACAAGGAUGGCCCCAAGCCGGGUGCCGUCUCCUGCCGACAGGGUGAGGAGGCCUGGAAGGCCUGGAAGUCCGGACAGUACGGCAACAUCAGCCUGAGCGAUGGCGUGAUCGAGUUCGCCAAGACCCACGAGGAGAUCAAGGGUGCCUUCCUCACGUUCCAGAAGGAUGCGGACCAGAUCUACCCGGGCUGGAAGGAGAAGCUCGGCUACACCGGUGAGUCGUCCGUGCAGGCGGCCAGCUUCGACUGGGCCAAGAAAGCCUCCGCCGCCGCCUUCGUGGGUGCCAGCGUGGCCCCGGCCAAGAAGGAGAGCAGCGUCUCGCGCAAGGCCCUUGACCAGUCCAGCCGCUAUGCGGACCUUUCCCUGGAUGAGGCGACUCUCAUCAAGAACGGCAAGCACGUGCUGGUGGCGUACAUCAUGAAGCCGAAGGCAGGGUACGACUACCUGGCCACCGCGGCCCACUUCGCAGCCGAGUCCUCCACGGGCACCAACGUGAACGUGUGCACCACUGACGACUUCACGAAGUCCGUGGAUGCCCUGGUGUACUACAUCGACCCUGACAGCGAGGAGAUGAAGAUCGCCUACCCCAACCUGUUGUUCGACCGCAACAUCAUCGAUGGCCGCGCCAUGAUGUGCUCCUUCCUGACCCUAUCCAUCGGCAACAACCAGGGCUUGGCGCUCGGUUUAGGAUGCAUGGGUGACGUCGAGUACGGCAAGAUCUACGACUUCUACCUGCCCCCUGAGUUCCUCCGCCUGUACGAUGGCCCGGCCGUGAACGUGGAGGACAUGUGGCGUAUCCUUGGCAAGGGCACCAGCAAUGGUGGCCUCGUGGUGGGCACCAUCAUCAAGCCCAAGCUCGGCCUGCAGCCCAAGCCAUUCGGCGAGGCCUGCUACGCAUUCUGGCAGGGCGGCGACUUCAUCAAGAACGAUGAGCCCCAGGGCAACCAGGUGUUCUGCCAGAUGAACGAGGUCAUCCCAGAGGUCGUGAAGGCCAUGAGGGCCUGCAUCAAGGAGACCGGCGUGGGCAAGCUCUUCUCUGCCAACAUCACUGCGGAUGAUCCCAACGAGAUGAUUGCCCGCGGCAAGUACUGCCUGUCCCAGUUCGGACCUCUGUCCGAGAACUGUGCGUUCUUGGUGGACGGCUAUGUGGCUGGAGGCACGGCCGUGACUUGCGCCCGCCGCAACUUCCCAGGACAGUUCCUGCACUACCACCGUGCCGGACAUGGAUCCGUGACUAGCCCCCAGACCCAGCGUGGUUACACCGCCUUCGUGCACACCAAGAUCUCCCGAGUCAUCGGCGCGUCCGGCAUCCACACCGGCACCAUGAGCUUCGGCAAGAUGGAGGGCGAUGCCUCAGACAAGAACAUCGCCUUCAUGCUGCAGGACGACGCGGCCGAUGGCCCCUACUACCACCAGCCGUGGGAGGGCAUGAAGCAGACCACCCCCAUCAUCUCUGGCGGCAUGAACGCCCUGCGCCUGCCGGCCUUCUUCGAGAACCUGGGACACUCCAACGUGAUCCUGACCGCCGGCGGUGGCUCCUUCGGCCACAAGGAUGGCCCCAAGCCGGGCGCCGUCUCCUGCCGCCAGGGCGAGGAGGCUUGGAAGGCCUGGAAGUCCGGACAGUACGGCAACAUCAGCCUGAGCGACGGCGUGAUCGAGUUCGCCAAGACCCACGAGGAGAUCAAGGGUGCCUUCCUGACCUUCCAGAAGGAUGCGGACCAGAUCUACCCGGGCUGGAAGGAGAAGCUCGGAUACACUGGCGAGUCGUCCGUGCAGGCGGCCAGCUUCGACUGGGCCAAGAAGGUCAAGCUGGCUUGUUUCAAAGUCGUGGAGGCCCGUGCAGCUUUUAGAAAAAAUGAUGGAAAGAUCUACCGUCGUGCGGUGCAGAUGUUAGACCAAUUUUAUCCCACACCAAGUCUUGCAGGCCUGUCCGCAGCUGUGCACUGGGUCAACACACAUUUCUCCCCCCUCGUUUUCCGCACCCGCCGUCGCUUGGAUGGCACGCCCAUCCAAUCUUGCCCUUGCCGGGGCGGCCGCAGGCGCAGCGGCGGCAAGUACUGUAAUGUUCCAACUUCGUCCAGCCCAGCGUCCUUCUCGGCGCUCGCUGCCGGCGGCGCCGUGGCGGCGGCAGCUGUGGCUGCCGGCCGGCCAGGCCGCCAGUCCCGAAGCUCCCUUCUUCCCACCUCCGUGGUGCCCGUGAAGGACAGCAGCGUGACUCGAAAGGCCCUGGACCAGUCCAGCCGCUAUGCGGACCUUUCCCUGGAUGAGGCGACUCUCAUCAAGAACGGCAAGCACGUGCUGGUGGCGUACAUCAUGAAGCCGAAGGCAGGGUACGACUACCUGGCCACCGCCGCCCACUUCGCAGCCGAGUCCUCCACGGGCACCAACGUGAAUGUGUGCACCACUGACGACUUCACGAAGUCCGUGGAUGCCCUGGUGUACUACAUCGACCCCGACAGCGAGGAGAUGAAGAUCGCCUACCCCAACCUGUUGUUCGACCGCAACAUCAUCGAUGGCCGCGCCAUGAUGUGCUCCUUCCUGACCUUGUCCAUCGGCAACAACCAGGGCUGGGGGCUCAGCUUGGGUAUGGGUGACGUCGAGUACGGCAAGAUCUACGACUUCUACCUGCCCCCUGAGUUCCUCCGCCUGUAUGAUGGCCCGGCCGUGAACGUGGAGGACAUGUGGCGCAUCCUGGGCAAGGGCACCAGCAACGGUGGCCUCGUGGUGGGCACCAUUAUCAAGCCCAAGCUCGGCCUGCAGCCCAAGCCAUUCGGCGAGGCCUGCUACGCGUUCUGGCAGGGUGGCGACUUCAUCAAGAACGAUGAGCCCCAGGGCAACCAGGUGUUCUGCCAGAUGAACGAGGUCAUCCCAGAGGUUGUGAAGGCCAUGAGGGCGUGCAUCAAGGAGACCGGCGUGGGCAAGCUGUUCUCUGCCAACAUCACCGCGGAUGAUCCCAACGAGAUGAUUGCCCGCGGCAAGUACUGCCUGUCCCAGUUCGGACCUCUGUCCGAGAAUUGCGCGUUCUUGGUGGAUGGCUACGUGGCUGGAGGCACGGCCGUGACUUGCGCCCGCCGCAACUUCCCAGGACAGUUCCUGCACUACCACCGUGCCGGACAUGGAUCCGUGACCAGCCCCCAGACCCAGCGUGGUUACACCGCCUUCGUGCACACCAAGAUCUCCCGAGUCAUCGGCGCGUCCGGCAUCCACACCGGCACCAUGAGCUUCGGCAAGAUGGAAGGCGAUGCCUCAGACAAGAACAUCGCCUUCAUGCUGCAGGACGACGCGGCCGAUGGCCCCUACUACCACCAGCCAUGGGAGGGCAUGAAGCAGACCACUCCCAUCAUCUCCGGUGGCAUGAACGCCCUGCGCCUGCCGGCCUUCUUCGAGAACCUGGGACAUUCCAACGUGAUCCUGACCGCCGGCGGUGGGUCUUUCGGCCACAAGGAUGGCCCCAAGCCGGGCGCCGUCUCCUGCCGCCAGGGUGAGGAGGCCUGGAAGGCCUGGAAGUCCGGACAGUACGGCAACAUCAGCCUGAGCGAUGGCGUGAUCGAGUUCGCCAAGACCCACGAGGAGAUCAAGGGUGCCUUCCUGACCUUCCAGAAGGAUGCGGACCAGAUCUACCCUGGCUGGAAGGAGAAGCUCGGCUACACAGGCGAGUCGUCCGUGCAGGCGGCCAGCUUCGACUGGGCGAAGAAGGCCUCCGCCGCCGCCUUCGUGGGUGCCAGCGUGGCCCCUACCAAGAAGGAGAGCAGCGUCUCGCGCAAGGCCCUGGACCAGUCCAGCCGUUAUGCGGACCUUUCUCUGGAUGAGGCGACUCUCAUCAAGCCUCUCGUCGCGAAGAACGGCAAGCACGUGCUGGUGGCGUACAUCAUGAAGCCGAAGGCAGGGUACGACUACCUGGCCACCGCGGCCCACUUCGCAGCCGAGUCCUCCACGGGCACCAACGUGAACGUGUGCACCACUGACGACUUCACGAAGUCCGUGGAUGCCCUGGUGUACUACAUCGACCCCGACAGCGAGGAGAUGAAGAUCGCCUACCCCAACCUGUUGUUCGACCGCAACAUCAUCGAUGGCCGCGCCAUGAUGUGCUCCUUCCUGACCUUGUCCAUCGGCAACAACCAGGGUAUGGGUGACGUCGAGUACGGCAAGAUCUACGACUUCUACCUGCCCCCUGAGUUCCUCCGCCUGUACGACGGCCCGGCCGUGAACGUGGAGGACAUGUGGCGCAUCCUGGGCAAGGGCACCAGCAACGGUGGCCUCGUGGUGGGCACCAUUAUCAAGCCCAAGCUCGGCCUGCAGCCCAAGCCAUUCGGCGAGGCCUGCUACGCGUUCUGGCAGGGCGGCGACUUCAUCAAGAACGAUGAGCCCCAGGGCAACCAGGUGUUCUGCCAGAUGAACGAGGUCAUCCCAGAGGUUGUGAAGGCCAUGAGGGCCUGCAUCAAGGAGACCGGCGUGGGCAAGCUCUUCUCUGCCAACAUCACCGCGGAUGAUCCCAACGAGAUGAUUGCCCGCGGCAAGUACUGCCUGUCCCAGUUCGGACCUCUGUCCGAGAACUGCGCGUUCUUGGUGGAUGGCUACGUGGCUGGAGGCACGGCCGUGACUUGCGCCCGCCGCAAUUUCCCAGGACAGUUCCUGCACUACCACCGUGCCGGACAUGGAUCCGUGACCAGCCCCCAGACCCAGCGUGGUUACACCGCCUUCGUGCACACCAAGAUCUCCCGAGUCAUCGGCGCGUCCGGCAUCCACACCGGAACCAUGAGCUUCGGCAAGAUGGAGGGCGAUGCCUCAGACAAGAACAUCGCCUUCAUGCUGCAGGACGACGCGGCCGAUGGCCCCUACUACCACCAGCCAUGGGAGGGCAUGAAGCAGACCACUCCCAUCAUCUCCGGUGGCAUGAACGCCCUGCGCCUGCCGGCCUUCUUCGAGAACCUGGGACAUUCCAACGUGAUCCUGACUGCCGGCGGUGGCUCCUUCGGCCACAAGGAUGGCCCCAAGCCGGGCGCCGUCUCCUGCCGCCAGGGUGAGGAGGCCUGGAAGGCCUGGAAGUCCGGACAGUACGGCAACAUCAGCCUGAGCGACGGCGUGAUCGAGUUCGCCAAGACCCACGAGGAGAUCAAGGGUGCCUUCCUGACCUUCCAGAAGGAUGCGGACCAGAUCUACCCGGGCUGGAAGGAGAAGCUCGGAUACACUGGCGAGUCGUCCGUGCAGGCGGCCUCCUUCGACUGGGCCAAAAAGGCCUCCGCCGCCGCCUUCGUGGGUGCCAGCGUGGCCCCGGGCAAGAAGGAGAGCAGCGUCUCGCGCAAGGCCCUGGACCAGUCCAGCCGCUAUGCGGACCUUUCUCUGGAUGAGGCGACUCUCAUCAAGAACGGCAAGCACGUGCUGGUGGCGUACAUCAUGAAGCCGAAGGCAGGGUACGACUACCUGGCCACCGCGGCCCACUUCGCAGCCGAGUCCUCCACGGGCACCAACGUGAACGUGUGCACCACUGACGACUUCACGAAGUCCGUGGAUGCCCUGGUGUACUACAUCGACCCCGACAGCGAGGAGAUGAAGAUCGCCUACCCCAACCUGUUGUUCGACCGCAACAUCAUCGAUGGCCGCGCCAUGAUGUGCUCCUUCCUGACCUUGUCCAUCGGCAACAACCAGGGUAUGGGUGACGUCGAGUACGGCAAGAUCUACGACUUCUACCUGCCCCCUGAGUUCCUCCGCCUGUAUGACGGCCCGGCCGUGAACGUGGAGGACAUGUGGCGCAUCCUGGGCAAGGGCACCAGCAACGGUGGCCUCGUGGUGGGCACCAUUAUCAAGCCCAAGCUCGGCCUGCAGCCCAAGCCAUUCGGCGAGGCCUGCUAUGCGUUCUGGCAGGGCGGCGACUUCAUCAAGAACGAUGAGCCCCAGGGCAACCAGGUGUUCUGCCAGAUGAACGAGGUCAUCCCAGAGGUUGUGAAGGCCAUGAGGGCCUGCAUCAAGGAGACCGGCGUGGGCAAGCUGUUCUCUGCCAACAUCACCGCGGAUGAUCCCAACGAGAUGAUUGCCCGCGGCAAGUACUGCCUGUCCCAGUUCGGACCUCUGUCCGAGAACUGCGCGUUCUUGGUGGAUGGCUACGUGGCUGGAGGCACGGCCGUGACCUGCGCCCGCCGCAACUUCCCAGGACAGUUCCUGCACUACCACCGUGCCGGACAUGGAUCCGUGACUAGCCCCCAGACCCAGCGUGGUUACACCGCCUUUGUGCACACCAAGAUCUCCCGAGUUAUCGGCGCGUCCGGCAUCCACACAGGCACCAUGAGCUUCGGCAAGAUGGAGGGCGAUGCUUCAGACAAGAACAUCGCCUUCAUGCUGCAGGACGACGCGGCCGAUGGCCCCUACUACCACCAGCCAUGGGAGGGCAUGAAGCAGACCACUCCCAUCAUCUCCGGUGGCAUGAACGCCCUGCGCCUGCCGGCCUUCUUCGAGAACUUGGGACACUCCAACGUGAUCCUGACCGCCGGCGGUGGCUCCUUCGGCCACAAGGAUGGCCCCAAGCCGGGCGCCGUCUCCUGCCGCCAGGGCGAGGAGGCCUGGAAGGCCUGGAAGUCCGGACAGUACGGCAACAUCAGCCUGAGCGACGGCGUGAUCGAGUUCGCCAAGACCCACGAGGAGAUCAAGGGUGCCUUCCUGACCUUCCAGAAGGAUGCGGACCAGAUCUACCCGGGCUGGAAGGAGAAGCUCGGCUACACCGGGGAGUCGUCCGUGCAGGCGGCGUCCUUCGAUUGGGCCAAGAAGGCCUGA